AUGUAUUUAAUAAAAGAAUAUUUGUUAAAAGAAACCCAAAAAUGUUCAGAGUCAGAAUUUAAAAGACUCUCAAUUGUAAACGUUAAAUGGUCAUUAUAUUUGAAGAUUGGAGAAUUACCAAUUAUUACAAUGCUGACCGAAAAACAACGCCUAAGAAUAGAAAAAAAAGAAAAAAAAAUAGCUGCAUUCUUACAAAUAGCAAAACUUAAUGAUGAAGAUAAGGCAAAAGCACUUAAGCUUAAAAAAUCCAUGGAGUCAUGUUCUAACAAUGAAGCCGAAGUAUCUGCAGCUCAAAGCCCGAGAAGAAAGCGAACUUGCAGUGAAUCCCAAAACGACGAAAUUUCAACAACCUCAAAUGAAACAAAUCCAAGUGAAAACCACGAAACAGAGCAAGCCAACAAAAAGCCUCGUUUGAUUGGCGAAGAAUACCAAAAACUCAGACAGCAGCUUCGCGAGCGAAAGAAACAUUUGACAUCGAUCCCCCGAUUUCGUAUAAAAGGAGCCGGUGAAAAUGCUAGUCUUACAAAAAAUAUCGACCCCAGAGCUCGCGUUCCAAUUUUCCUCUCCGACAUUCAACAUCUUUUAAUGUACUCCUUGGUUGGAAAUGGCGCACCAUACUCCCCAUCCAGGUGGUGUCACUUGGAGAAGUACAACAAAGUCACACACACUGUAGUCUUCAUAGUAGAAGGUCUCUCUAUGUAUCACUUUAGCUCCUACGAGUCUUUAUUUCCCAACAUAACUGAUCUUCUUGAGCAUCGCUUGGAAGUAGUAACACCAGCGACGAUAGGAGGCUCAGUAAUAGAACAAUUAGCAGCAGUUCCAUUGACAACUUCGGAACGAAGGAAAUUGAUAGAUAAAUAUGGAUCUUUGUCAGUAGCUGAGAAGAAAACGGGGGAUAUUGUUAAGCUACUUAAAUAUGUAUUUCCAAUGCAAUCUUCUGUCAAUAUCAAGUCCAAAAAUUCUCUGGAAAAAGAUAAAAUUCAAGACAACAGCAUUGAAUUACCACCUGGUGAUAAAUUCCCACGCACGCAAUUACUUUUGUCCUUAAGUCAGCUUAUAGAUGAAAACUACCCUCUAAGAUGGCCAGGUGCUUUAGAUUCCAAGUACAACAAUUAUAUAAAUACUAAGGAUGUUUAUUUAGAAGCUACACCCAAGUCUCCAAUGUUUGGACUCGAUUGUGAAAUGUGUACUACAACAGAAGGCCGAGAACUUACGAGGAUAUGUAUUGUAGAUGAGCAGAUGAAUGUUGUCUAUGAAACUUUGGUAAAACCUGAAAAUAAAAUUGUUAAUUAUUUAACAGAGUACAGUGGGAUUACAGAAAAAUUAUUGGAAAAUGUAACGACAAAUUUGUCUGGUGUUCAGGAAAAAAUUAAAGAGCUGCUACCGCCUGAUGCAAUUCUUGUGGGACAAAGUUUGUGCGUAGAUCUUGAUGCUUUAAAAAUGAUGCAUCCUUACAUCAUUGAUACGUCUGUUAUUUUUAAUAUUACCGGUAAUAGAAAUCACAAGUCUAAAUUACAAGUUUUAGCGCGGGAAUUUUUGAACGAAAGGAUUCAGGAAAAAAAAGACGGGCAUUGUCCGACUGAAGAUGCGCGAGCUGCGUUAAAAUUGGCACAAUUAAAGCUAGCUAAUAGCAUUGAUUUUGGAGAUGCUUUUGUGGUUGGUCAGCAAAAUUUAGAAGAGAUGCUUAGGAAACAAAAACCAGAUGACAAUUUGGUGCGUGAUGAUGAUAGCUAUAAUUUUGGAGUUAGCAUUUUUAAACACGUUGCGAAAGAUAAAAAAACUGUGUCAAUUGUUGGGACCAAGGAAGUAUUAAAUGAUUAUUCGAAGUACUUGAUUACUUCUUCUUUGUCGAUAAUGGACGACGCUAAUUUUAGUAAAGAUGAUAAAGUAAGACUAGUUACUGGGAAUUCGAAUAAGCACGUGGUAGGACGUGCCAGUGAAAUUUCAAUGGAGCAUGCUCUUACUAUUUGUCAUGUUAAAUUAACGCCUGAAAAGGUAUCAGAGGAAAAUUUAGAAAAAACUUGUCGGAAUAUUAAUAAAUGGGUUAAUAAACUUUGGGAACGAAUGGCGGUUAACGGAUUGGCUUGUGUAAUUUUUAGCGGGCAUAAUAAUGCAAAUGGUGCGUGUUUCUUGAAUUUAAAAAAAGAAAUAACACCAUUGCAAAUAUAA